AUGGCUGGUGGCAACGUUAUCGAGAUCACUUCCAAGGAGGAGUGGGAAGCCAAGGUUAUCAACUCCAGCGAGCCCGUUCUCGUCGACUUUUUCGCCGAGUGGUGCGGUCCUUGCAAGGCCAUCUCCCCGAAAAUCGAGAGUCUCUCAGAGGAGCACACCGGCAUCAAGUUCUUCAAGGUUGACGUUGACAAGCUCGGCUCUGUCGCUGCCGACAACGGCAUCUCCGCCAUGCCCACCUUCCUCUUCUUCAAGGACGGCAAGCAGGUCGAGAUGGUCCGUGGCGCUAACCCUCCCGCUAUCAUGGCUGGUGUCCAGAAGCUACUUCAAUGA